GUCAGGUAUCUGCUUCAUUAUAGAUGCAGAAACCCCCUCAAUAUAAUGACUUAUACUGCAGCGUUGAGAGCAUGAUUACACUGAGUGACAGAAAAAUAGAAACACCUACAUAUUGCAACAGAAUCCAAUACAACAGCCCUGUUUUAUUGGAUUUCUGCCCAGAACAUUUAGAUACAUAGAAGAAAGACCUUACAGUGCUGGUCCCAAGAUAAACUCCAGGGGGAAACGACAGAAAAAAAUGAAAAACUGAAAAAAAAAAUAUUAUCCAAAAUUGUGUUUCUCUGAACUACUACUCUGAACUUUCUUCUAAUUCAUGCUUUUCUUGUGAAAUACUGGACACUCACACACAAAAAGUCCAAAAACUGAAAACAGAUUUGUGUAUCAGAACACUAUUUUUUCUUCUUUCUUUUCCCAUUAAUCAUCUCACCACCCCUCAGAUUUAUCUGGUGUCCCUGUUCCUGGCUGUAAAACUGUAUACAAAAUCCAAGCUCCAACAGUAACAUACUGCUUACACACUGAUGCUUCAGUAUUAAUCAUCAAAUGAUGAAACAUAUGACAACAUUGCAGUCAGAGGGACCACACCAGUACUUUUACUUUAAUACUUCAACUACAUUUGCUGCAAAUACUUAUGUACUUUUACAAAAGUAGGAUUUUUAAUGCAGGACUUUUACUUGUAUUGAGUGAAUGAAUGUAUUUUUACAUUGUUGUAUUGGUACUUUUACUUCCACCACUGAUUAUCAUAUUAUUAUUAUUAUUAUUGUUGUUGUUGUUGUUGCUGCUAAAGCCUUCUGUAAUCUCCAGUUCCAAACCAGUCACACAUCACAUGCAUGAAUGAGGUGAGAUUAUUAUUUUUUGCCUAUUGUAUCAUCAUACUGACAGUAGCCUACAGCUAAGUCUCUGGUCCAGCAGAAGUUGGUUCAUAGCGCCAACAGGCUGCUGCUGUUGCUGCAGAGACUCCGCAGGGCGGACUUCAGGCUACUUUACAUACACGGGACUCUGCAGAUGACAGCAGAAGCCCUGCUCACAGACCUGACGCUCGGACACCUGUGAAAGCGCGAUGUCUUCUCCCAGCGCCGCCUCCAAUCCUCUCAACUCUCUGGCGUCCAAACGGAAGACCAAGAAGAAACACUUUGUGCAGCAGAAAGUGGAGGUUUUCCGAGCCAGUGACCCCGUGCUGAGCGUGCUGAUGUGGGGAGUCAAUCAUUCGAUUAAUGACCUGAGCCAGGUGCCUGUGCCCGUCAUGCUGCUCCCAGACAACUUCAAAGCCAGCACCAAGAUAAAAGUCAACAACCACCUCUUUAACAAAGAGAAUCUCCCUGGACAGUUCAAAUUCAAAGAGUACUGUCCACAGGUGUUUAGAAACCUGCGAGAGCGCUUUGGCAUUGAGGACCAAGAUUAUCAGGUGUCUCUGGUCCGCAGCCCUCCACUCAAGGACGAGGAGGGGCAACGCGAGGGGCUGCUGCUGACGUCUUAUGACCGCACUUUGGUAAUAAAAGAAAUCUCCAGCGAGGAGGUGGAGGAAAUGCACAACAUCCUCUCUGAAUAUCACCAGCAUAUUGUCACCUGCCACGGCAGCACGCUGCUCCCUCAGUUCUUGGCCAUGUACAGAGUCACUGUUGAGAGCGAGGACACCUACCUGUUAGUUAUGAGGAACAUGUUCAGCCACAGACUGCAUGUGCACAGGAAGUACGACCUCAAGGGGUCCCUGGUGUCUCGUGAAGCAAGUUUUAAAGAGAAGGUGAAAGAACUGCCCACUUACAAGGACGUGGACUUCAGGAAUAACAUGCAAAAAGUUUAUGUGAGUGACGAGGAGAAAGAGAAGAUCAUGGACAAGCUCAUCAGAGAUACUGAGUUUCUGGUACAUAUGAGGAUGAUGGACUACAGCCUUCUGCUGGGCAUCCAUGAUGUCGAGCGGGCUGAGGAGGAGGAGGAGGAGGAAGAGGAGAUGGAGUCAUCCUAUGACGAGGAAGGGGAGGAGGAAAACGGCCUGGCUCCUGCCCCAAGCUCCACCUCACCAGAGGGCAUUGCUGGCUACAUGAACUCCUUCAAACCCAUGGGUCCCGGGGAGUUUGACCCUUAUGUGGAUGUGUACGCUAUUCAGAGCGCUGUAGGUGCACCCCAGAGAGAGGUGUAUUUUAUGGGUUUGAUUGACGUGCUGACACAGUAUGACACCAAGAAAAAAGCUGCUCACGCUGCCAAGGCUGUCAAACACGGGGCUGGAGCAGAAAUCUCCACAGUUCAUCCAGAGCAGUACGCUAAACGUUUCCGAGAGUUCAUCGCUAACAUCUUUGCCUAGUUCAAAGAUUCACUCGUCCACUUGUCAUUUAAUACAAGAGGAGUCUCACUAUACCAUACUUAACGCCACAGCAAAUCAAUAUUAAGAAGCUGUGAAAAUUUGCUGUUAAUUUCUAUAUGAUUUAUGUGCUGUCUGAGUAUUUACCCUCCACAUUAUUCUCUGCUGCACAAUGUGACUCUGUCUUUAUUUUGAGUGACGAGCUGUAAUUUGCAGACAGGAAGAAAACUUUUCUUGGCAACUCAUUGCUGUUGUUAAUGGGUUUCUUUUGUUUCCAUUUAAAGUUUUGCCAGCACCAAUGCAGCUUUGAGUGACAGCCAGAAAUACAGGAUUGCAGAAAUAAAAUCAUAUGAGGUGAUGUAAAUUAGCACCUCUGACAAAAAAAUGAAGGUGUCCAGGAAAACAUGUUUUCUCAACACAUUCAUCCUUCAUUUUUCCAGCUUUCCAUCAGUGGAAGUCUGCUGCAUGGGAAAAAGAUUUUGGUUUCGCUUUUAAAUACUGAUUUCUGACUCCCUCUUCCCCAUCAGUGACAACACUUGGGAAGGAAAUAAUCUGGGCUAACUAGACAAAUCUACAGGGUAUCAAUUAGGAACAAUACAAUAUUCAUGUCCUGUUCAGCACCAAUGUUUGAUAAGGCUGUUGUAGUUUUACAUGAAAAUGUUGCAGAGUGCAGAUUCAAAAUUAAUAGCACAAACAUAAUGGUGUAGAUGAAGCAUCAAAUCCUGUUACCUUAUAUCUUUAGACACAUAUAUCAAAAAGAAGAAGAAAUUGAUUAUUUAAAAAUCUUCUGUGAUUAUUAAAUGAAUAGGUAAAGCCAUUGGAAAUGUUGUUUAUUGAGGAAUGUAUUAUCAAUACUGAUGAUCUGAUGAUCAGGUGUAUUAAAACCUAUUUUCACAAAAAGCA